AUGCGUCUCGCACAAAUCAACCACCCCGUCUUCGCAGCGGAGUACAACGAAAUCGCAGAUCUCUUCGAUGCCGGCAAGCUUUACCCAGCCAUCAACAAAGCCAAAGAGCUCAUCGACCACCCGAGCAGACCCAUGUACCACAAAACGCUCUCUUGGGUCAUACUAGCCCUUGCUCUGGACCACCUGGACGUCAUCAAGACCUUAUUUGAGGGUUGGUGGACGGAGGUCUCGCGGCGCUGCCAGGAUUACGACAUUCACUACUGGGGCAUGGUGCAACUCAUGACCCAAACGAACUGGGCAGGCGCGACUUAG